UUAUUCGGAAGCUUUCUUUCACUCAUCUCAACACUCCAUUUUAUUCUAAUUCGAAGCGUUUUUUUGCAUUUUUCUCAUUGGAGAUCCAUGGAAAGAGAAGAAUGAGAAAUUAAGAAGGCUUAAGCUUUAUCUCUAAAUCCAUCUUUUAGCCUUCAUAUUACGAAACGAUUAAAAUUUAAUUUUAUUCGAGGAUUUUUGUAUUGAGAGAAAGGCUAACUGCAAUGCAUUAUAUUGAAAAGAAGAAAAAGAACAUCUGGUGGCCAAAAAAAUCAUUUUCAUUUUCUGUUCUUGUUGUCCUUUUCAUCUUUGUAGUUGCUGCUGCUCUUCCUUUCACAUUUGGAAUUCUCAGUCCGCAUAUUCUGCGUCAACGAAACAUAGUAGUGACAGUAAAUAGAGUCUCAAAAGAGCUUUCAUUCGAAGAUAUUCACAAUGAAUACAAUUUUAUGCAGUUUUCGGAACAAUUGAAAGCAAUGCCAAAACCUCCAUAUAUCAUAUUUUACGACUCAAGCAAUUUGGAUAUAUUCCUCAAUCAUAUUUGCAAUUUAGAAUUUAUUCCUGGCGCUCUUUCCCGCCUUGUUGCCAUUUCAUUCGACACUCCUUCACAUUUAAUUUUAAAAGAAAAAUAUCCGAACAUUCCAAGCGUCGUUAUCAAUUUGGAUUCAAUUAAGAAAACAUUACCAGAGUCUUAUGAAAAUCGCCGUUACAUAAUCUAUCAAUUGGUUCUACUGACACGUGCUCGUAUAUGUGCAUCAUUAGCUCUUCGUGGAAUAAGUUUUUGGGCAAUGCAACAGGAUACACUUUGGGUUGAAAAUUUUGAUUCAAUGGAUCUUGAAAAUAGAUAUCCAGAUGAAUAUAUGCUUUUUGACACUGUUGGAAAUGAGCAGUUUGGUGAAUACGAUCGAAUGUUCGGAUGGAUAUGUGGAUCAACAUUUUUUGUUCGUGGAAAUCCAACAACGUAUCAGUUUUUUUAUCAGAUUGAUUCAUUUAUGAGAUCACAUCAAAGUCCGGAUUCUUCAAUUAUGACCUACUUGUGUGGUCAUAGGAAUUACAGAUGUCAUCGACUUCCGAGAUGGAUCAUCUCAUCAUCAGACUAUUUUCGUGGUACUCGUGAAACAACGCCAGUUAUGAUUCAAGUGGAUUCUGAUCAAACAGAUGAAACAAAAAUGGAAUCAUUUCAAAGAGCAAACUUCAUUUUUCGACAUGAUAAUGGAACAUGUGAUCGAAAAUCUGUUCAUAAAUUGAGAGACGCCGUACGAUUAGCGUUUCCCGAAAAAUUGAAACUUUUGGAUCAAAGUCCAUAUGGAGAGAGUAUGUUCACUCAAUUACACUAUAUGUAUAAACAUAUUUUUAAUAUUGAUCGUUAUAAUAACAAAGUUUUUCUAACAGUUCAUUAUACUUUAGUCUAGAUUUCUGAUUUUUCAAUUUUAAAUGCUUAUUGUUGAUUUUUCGGGUUGCAUUUGUUCCUUUCGGGUAUUAAUGUUUUAAUUCUCCAAUUGCCGUUUCAAACCAAUAAAAAUUCAACGAAACCUUUAAU